UCCGAGCACUUCCGGGUUGGGGAGCGCGAGGCAAGGCGACUGUGGCGGCCGCGGUGGGGGCCGUAGGGCCUUGUCGCAGUGUCGCUCGGGCGGCGGCUGGAGCACCCGACGCUUCCAGGGGGCAAGAAGUUCCCGGGGCUGAAUUCUAAUGUGCAGCAAUGGAUAAUGACAACCUCGAUGAGUUUGUGGCCCAAAGCCCAGGGCCAGAUGGAUGUUCCCGAGUUGUUCCUGCAGACCUGGCCAGCAGUUCUGCCCCUCUCCACCCUGGGGAGUGGGUAACCCCCAGCAGGAGCCUUAGCUGUGAUACUAUUCCUGAGGCCUAUGCGUUUAUCACUGGUGGUUUAGAAGAGAGCAGCGAUGGUCAAAGUGGAGACUCUGAGGAAGACACAGGCAGUGAGCAUGGAGAGGAGACAGAGGAAGAGGACGAGGAGAGGUCAUCUGAGGAGGAAGACCCAGAAGUCAGAUCUGGUUCUGAAGAUUCUGAAGAUGAAGUAGAAACUUCAGAGGCAGCUGAGGAUUCUCAGGGGAAGCUGGAAGCCAAUGGUACACUCAAUUCUGAUGAAGAUGCAGAGAGUUGCCCGAUUUGUCUCAAUGUGUUCAGAGACCAGGCUGUGGGCACACCAGAGACCUGUGCCCACUACUUCUGCCUGGACUGCAUCGUCGAGUGGUCCAGGAAUGCAAAUUCCUGUCCCGUUGAUCGAAUAAUAUUUAAAUGUAUUUGUAUUCGAGCUCAGUUUGGUGGUAAAAUCUUAAAAAAGAUGCCAGUAGAGAACACCAGAGCCUGUGAGGAGGAAGAGGAGGAAGACCCUACCUUCUGUGAGGUGUGUGGCAGGAGUGACCGUGAGGACCGGCUCCUACUCUGCGAUGGCUGUGAUGCUGGGUACCACAUGGAGUGUUUGGAUCCCCCGCUCCAGGAGGUGCCUGUGGAUGAGUGGUUCUGUCCAGAAUGUGCUACACCAGGCACUGGCCCUGCCACUGAUGUGGCUCCUGUGAGUGAGGAGGAGGUCUCCCUGCUCCUGGCCGAUGCAGUGCCCACCACCAGCAGGCUGCGGCCCCACACAGGCCGGAUCCGGGCCAUCGCCAGAACAAGGCAAAGUGAGAGAGUCAGGGCAACAGUGAACCGGAACCGGAUCUCCACAGCCCAGAGGGUCCAGCAUGUGCCGAGGUACCUGAUGUCCUCCCUGUUAGAUGAGACAAUUGAGGCAGUGGCAACUGGUCUGAGCACGGCCGUGUACCAGCGCCCCCUGGCACCUUGGAUCCCCACCAGACGGAAAAGAAAGACAGGGAGGCGGAAGAAAGUGCCAGGAAAAAAGAAAACCCAGGCCAGGCCAUCUGUGAAAAGUAAGAGUGCGGGUACAAGAUCCAAGAAACGUCAGCAUCGUGUGAAGAAGAGGAAAGGAAAGAUGAUGAAGAAGGAAGUCACAGCUCGCUCUCGCAUCGCUCGGACACUGGGUCUCUGCAGGCCAGCCCAGGGCAGCUGCAUGCCAUCUAUGUGCCGGCCAGCAGACCCCUCACUGGGGCUGAUGCGGGCAGAUAUCGGAGCAGCUGCUCUUUCACUGUUUGGGGAUCCCUACGAGCUGGACCCGUUUGACAGCAGUGAAGAGCUGUCUGCAGACCCCCCUUCUCCUCUGAGUGCCAAGAGGAGGGCUCUCUCGCGCUCAGCCCUGCAGUCUCACCAGCCUGUGGCCAGGCCCAUCUCUGUGGGGCUCUCAAGGAGGCAUCUCCCUACUGCGGUCCCAGAGCCAGCCAUAGAGGCAGCCCCUGUCCCUGACCUGCUGGGCAGCAUCCUGUCAAGUCAGAGCCUUCUGAUGAUGAGCAGUGCUGACAUCGUCAUCCACCGAGACGGUUCCCUGAGUGCCAAGCAGGCAGCUCCAGUCUCUCUUCAGAGAAAGCCAGGGGAUCUGUCUAGAAGGGAAGAAGCAUCCAGGCUUGGAGAUAGCCUGAAGCCCAGAGUGCCAGCCUCUGGGAGCCCAGCUGGGAGAAUUAGGGGAGACCAUCUGCUGGACUCUGGGCUGAGCUGCAGGAGUGGGUCGACUUUGCCCCAUGUGUCUGCCUUUAUGGAGCCUCCCUUGAAGCAGGACUUGCCACCAGUGCCGGACUCUCAGCAGAGCCUAUCAGAUGGCAGCGGGUCUGGCUCGAAGCAGAGUGGUGCACUCAGGUGUAAUGGCAUCAACAGGCUGAGUAUGCCUCCUGGGUCUGCCUCAGCUAAGAGUUCCAGUGGCCCCUCUAACUAUCUACCUAAAAGGGUAGCCCUAGGACGGACCCUGAAACCAGCUCCUAGCAGAGCUGACAUCUCAGAGCUGCCCAGAAUACCAAAGCUCCACAGGGAUUGUGGUGGCAGCAGAUGGGACGCAGCCCCAGCCCAUGGGCAGAGUGUCGAGAUCCCUAGCACCUGCAUCAGCCACCUGACAGGCAGGGAAGGCUCUGGGCAGCCUGGGCGAGGCCGGGCAGAGGGCAAGCCCAGCAGCAGGGGUCCCCAGGAGCCCAGCUCUAACACAGGCAGCUCCCAGCCCUCAGCCCCCAGCUCUCACAGCAGUUUGGUCCCACUGGGGAUUUCAAGAGGGAAAAGUGUCGGAUCAACCUUUGAGAGUUUUCGUAUCAAUAUCCCGGGGAACACAGCACAGUGCAGCCGGUUGUCCAGCCCGGGCUUCUGUAACACCUUCCGGCCUGUGGACAGCAAGGUACAGAGGAAGGAGAGCCCUUCACCCUUCUUCUCCAUCAAGAAGACCAAGCAGCUCAAGAGUGAGAUCUAUGAUCCCUUUGACCCUACGGGCUCGGACUCCAGUCCCCCAAGUAGCAGCCCUGAGCACCUUGGUCCCAGUCUGCUGCCUUCUGAGAUUACAAGAACCAUCUCCAUUCACAGCCCCAAGGCCCCUGCAUUUCAGGCUGUGCGCUGUGUCACCUCUUACACAGUGAAAGGCCUCUUCAGGACAGAGCCUGAGUCCCGUGGUGAGACUGCAUUCCAUACGCACAAACCCCAGGGAGGGGGCGCUGCUGAGGGCACCGCUACCACAGAGAAAGCUGAGCUGGGGAAGGAGGGGCCCACAGAGAGUCAGGACCUGGGUCCCCAGGGACACAGGCCAUCCACACUGGACCCCUGGAACGACGAGGACGAAGCAUCUCAUAGCACUUUCUUCAGCUCUGAGGAGCGGACAGUGACCUGUGUGACUGUCUUGGAGCCAAGUAGCCCUCCUAGUCUGAACACUUCACAACCUACCACCCACAGGAUCGUGGAGCUUCGGGCCCCAUCCCAUUCCCGCUCCCCCUCCAGCUCCAGCUCCCGGGGCAAGAAGAAAGCCAAGAAGAAGAGGGCCAGAGAGCAUCGGAGGUCUCGCUCAGGCUCUAGGGCCUCACACUCUGUGUCACCCAGGGCGGGUGAGCACUUCAGGAGGCACUGGGCUAAGGCCAAGGGUUGGAAAUCUUCUAGCGACCGAGCCAGCAGCCAGGAGCGAGCAAAGCGGAGGAAGACCAAGGACCGGGGUAAGGACCAGAGAUGGAGCGUGUGGGACCGGGAACAGAAGUCUAGGUCACACUCCUGCAGUUCAGGAAGCUCCCCCUGCGAGAGCCAUGAAAUCAGAAAGAAAAAGAGGCACCAGUCAGGAUCUCGGUUUCGGGGUUGGGACUGCUCCACACCCAGCAGCUUGGAGAGGUCCCGACGGCACAAGCACCCUCGGGAAAGGAGCCGUGAGCGGCCAGACAGGAAGGAGAGCACGGCUCAGCCACGAGAGAGGAGGAAGUGGAGCUCCUGCUCACCUAGCUCUGAGCACAGGCCACAGGAAGCCCAGCGGCCAAGUGCCCAUGAUGAGCAACCCCACUCACCAGAGAAAAAGGGCCCUCUAAAGGAGUCCUCCCCAGGACCCCUUUCCAAGCAGCAGCCUAGGCCAGGAGGAGACCACCCAGGAGGGCCACCAGCCUUGCCAGAGGUAUGCAUCACACCAAAAGGGAUCCAAGCCAAGCAGGCCCUGCCUUCUCCGACUCCUGUACCCAUCCCAGUCCCUGAGGUGCCGGCCCAGUGUGCUCCUGAGGACCUAGAUUAUGGUGAUUCUGUAGAAGCUGGCCACAUCUUUGAGGACUUUUCAAGUGAAGCCUUCUUCAUGCAGCUGGAUGACAUGAGCUCACCCCCAUCCCCAGAGAGCACAGACUCUUCCCCAGAGCGGCCCCUCCUGCCAAACCCUAUGUUGUUGCGUCCCAGCCUGCUGCAUGACACCACCCUGGCCACCAUCCAGAGGGAGGUGUCAGCAAUCCACUCCGAAGACAUUUUGCAGCCCCUACCCCAGAUAGAGGGUCUUCCAGGGCAGCACCCGCCCAAGCAGGAUGUGGCAGAGGCAGUUGCCAGGGAUCCUGGCUCCCUGGGCAUGUUACCCACUGGCUUGGAUGGCCCCUCGGUAAAUGAGAGGGCUCCUGAGGCAGCCAGGCCUGAAGAAGUAGGGGCACAGGCACCCUUGCUGCGGUCCCGAGCCCUAGUGAAAAGGGUCACCUGGAACCUUCAGGAGGCUGAGGGGAGCAACCUGACCCUGGACAGGGCCCCAAGGACACCACUUCACAGGCCACAGAGACCCUGGGAAGAAACCUGGGACACACAGGACGGGACCCCCACAGGGGCCAGGCAUGCACUGUUCCCUGAGCCACCCUCUUCAGUCCAGACACUCUUGGAGCCUGGGUUCCCCAGCAUGGAUCCCUCUCAGGUUUAUAGCCCCAACAUGCCUCCUGUCCCGGCUCAGCCCCCUGGCAUCCCACCCUAUGCCCUGGUCAGCCAGCCAUCAGUCCAGUUCCUCCUACAGGGCAGCUUGCCCUUGGUAGGCUGUGGGCCAGCACAGAGCCUGGCCCCAGUGCCCACCAUGCUGACCACAGCCUCGGAGCUGGCCAGCCAGACUACCACCAACAACUCAGAAGAGAGGACUACCACUCCCAGGCCAGCUGGAGAAAAGACUAAGAAGGAGGAGUACAUGAAGAAGCUGCACAUGCAGGAGCGGGCAGUGGAGGAGGUGAAGCUGGCUAUCAAACCCUUCUACCAGAAACGGGAAGUGACCAAGGAGGAGUAUAAGGACAUCCUGCGCAAAGCUGUCCAGAAGAUAUGUCACAGCAAGAGUGGCGAGAUAAAUCCUGUGAAGGUGGCCAACCUGGUGAAGGCCUACGUAGACAAGUACAGGCACAUGCGCCGGCAUCGGAAGGUGGAGACCACUGAGGAGCCACCCACUCCAGGGACGGAGGCCUGAGACAUUGCAGUCUUGCCUCCUAGUCCUAGGCACAGAACUGUGGUACCAGCCUCCUACUUGUGGGGUUCCUGUGACAGCAUCUACACUAGUCUUGCUAACUUUAAAAUUGGACUUUUUUUAUAUGUAUAUUACAGAUACAUGGUUUCCAUGGUGUUUUAAUUUAUCAAAAAUGGCUUAUCUUUAGAAA